AUGUUCCCCCUUUGUUUCUUGCCAAUAUUACUCGCAGCUCUUUUUCUCAGUUUCUUUGUUUAUUAUACAUCCCUGCCUAUUAACUUCCCCCGGAAUAUACCAAUCAUUUCAAUAUACGCAAGACUAUACGAUGUCCUGCGCGGCACAACCGAAACAGACUUCUACAAUGCUCGCGUCCGCCACCAUGCUGAAAAACACGGCGCAGUUGGGAUUUGGCUGGAAGGGAAGUGGACUGUUGUCAUUACGAAACCAGACCUACUUUCUCAAAUGUUUCGAGACAGAACAAACAGCCUUGCUAGGUGCGGUCUCUAUCAAAGAGUCCCAGAGGGCAUUGGCGCCCAGCUGUUUGGCGAGAACAUUAUUGACUCAGACGGCGACCUCCACCGCCAUUUCAGAGACAUAAUCAAGCCUGGAAUAGAGAUGCGGCAUAAUUUCACCUCAUUACGAUACAAAUCAUCGCAAUUGGCCAUUCGGCUAAUAGACAUUCAAGAAACUGCUACAGAUUGUAGCGGAGCUGCCAUUGCGGAACCUGUUUUCUGGUGGUCCGUUUCCGUCUUUGGUGAAUACUUUCUAGAUAUCGAGUUUGACGAAUUGAAAUUCCUAGAAUGCAACAUUCAAGCAAUCUUGGGAGCUCAAAAUAGCUCAGUUAUCGGAAGAUUAGAAGGUCUUUUCCCCAUCCUUGGCAACCUGCCGUGGACGUGGGCUACCACGCAUCAGACGCGAAAGCGCUUUCACAAUCUAGAGGCGAUACUUAUGGAUCACGUUUCCCGUGUACCCCCUCCCGCUUUAUUAUCUAAAUCCCAGGAGAAGGUUAUACACCGCAUGAAUGCAGCACACCUUGAUGGUAGCAUGUCCGAUUUUCAUUACAAAAGCAACUUAAAACAGCUAUUCGUAGCUGGUACUGAAAAUGUUGAAGCAGUACUGGUAUCAGCCAUGUUGGAGCUCGCCAAGUCAAGAUUGGUUCUAGAUCGCCUUUAUUUGGAGCUCACACGAGACCUUCCGACAGACUAUUCAGAGACCGACGUGAGGCAGUUACCUUUUCUAUCCGCCGUCAUUUACGAAACUCUUCGCUUAUACCCACCGCUGGCGUUUAUGAGAAACCGACUUACAAAAGAAUCUUAUCAACUGAGUGAGGAUAUCCUCCUACCUGCAGAUUCGGUGCUUGGAAGGCACAUAUAUGGCUUACACACAGACCCGACCGUAUGGAGUGACGCAUGCGUUUUCAAUCCUGACCGAUGGGGUGCAGAUAUCGACGCAGUCUAUAGUAUGGUUCGUCGACUACAAGCAAAUGGCCAUUUCCUUCCAUUCGGAUUGCACGCCCGCAGAUGUCCCGGGAGCCCGUUUGCAAUCACCCAACUUCGAAUAGCUCUUUGCGAACUUGUCCGUAGACUGGAUUGGACGCUCAGCCCGGAAUAUCGGUUUUCAUUCAUCGAUGGUGGCCUAUUAGCGCCGUUCGGUUGCAAAUUUGUAUUUUCUAAAAGGAACUGA